GAAUUCCGUGUCAGAAUGAAACAAAAAGAACACAGGUUUUGCGUUAGUAUGCGGCGCAUGUUUGAUUGUGUGGCACUCAACGAGAAAACCGUUUGCACCAAAUGUUCAAUUUGUUCAAUUCAAAUUUUCUAACGAAUCGUCCAACAUUCAGUUCUUUGUGCUUGUCAGAACCACAUCGCAUACGCAACGCAAGUUUUUUUCUCUUUAUUGAAUCGAAUCAAAUAGUUUAAUUGCAUCUUUGUUCAUUUGUGUCGACACUCAGAAAAUCCAAUAAAAAUCGAAUAUGGAAAAUCGUCUCAAAAGCUAUAAGAAUAGUUCAAAGUCGGUUUCGGACAUUCGCAAUCGCCGUAACGAUGUUACGAUUGAAUUGCGUAAAACGAAGAAAGAUGACCAAAUGAACAAGCGUCGGAACAUUGAUGUCAAUGCUACGUCGCCGCUCAAAGAGCACAAUUCGCCGGCAUCACCAACCAAUCAACCAUUGUACUCGUCAUUGGAAGAAAUCAUUGUGCACAUGCGAAGUGAUGAGCCGACAUUGGUUCACCGUGCAACACAGGCGGCACGUAAAAUGCUUAGCCAAGAACGUAAUCCACCGAUUGAUAGCCUGAUUGUGCAUGGCAUUGUUCCGAUUUGUGUUCAAUUUUUGGACGCCACCAGUUCGGAUCUACAAUUCGAAGCUGCAUGGGCAUUGACAAACAUUGCAUCAGGCACAUCGGAACAGACACUGACAGUGGCCAAGGCUGGUGCUAUACCGAAAUUUGUCAAUUUACUGAAGUCAGACUCAAUCAACGUGGCGGAACAGUCGGUCUGGGCAUUGGGUAACAUCGCUGGUGAUGGAUCGCUCACACGAGACGAAGUUUUGAAGCACAGCACAGCUGAAGUUUUGCUGGAAAUCUUGCGAAAAGAUCAACCGCUGUCGUUCUUGCGAAACAUCGUGUGGUUGAUGUCGAAUUUGUGCCGAAACAAAAACCCGGCUCCACCGGCUGACAAAGUCAAAUUGAUGCUACCAGCAUUAGCUCAGUUCCUAUGCCACCCUGAUGUUCAAAUUUUAACUGAUGCAGCUUGGGCAAUUAGCUAUGUGACCGAUGAGGACGGGGAUCGAAUCCAAGCUGUUAUCGAUGCUGGAUGUGUACCGAGCUUGGUGCGAUUGUUGGAUCACAACGAGAACUCGAUUGUUGUACCAGCUCUACGUUCGGUCGGAAACAUUGUGACUGGAAGCGAUUCUCAGACUGACACAGUCUUAGGUGCCGGAGCAUUGAAGCACAUGCGUAAAUUGCUCAGAAGCUCACGUAAUAAUAUUGUGAAAGAGGCUGCCUGGACUAUUAGCAACAUAACGGCUGGUAAUCCAAAUCAAAUCCAACACGUCAUCGAUGAAGGUUUGUUCGAAGACAUCGUCGAAGUAUUACAAGGUGGCGAAUUCCGUUCGCAAAAAGAAGCAGCUUGGGUGAUUACAAAUGUAACAUCAAGCGGAACUGAUCAACAAAUCUUCCAUCUCAUCGAUACGGUGGGAGUUUUAAAACCAUUCUGUGAUCUCAUGGCAUCAAACGAUGCACGCUGUGUCCUGGUCAUUCUAUCUGGUCUAAAGAAUCUGUUUGCAUUGGCAGACAAAAGAGGAUUUUUGGAAAAAUUCUCCAUUGCAUUCGAAGGAAUUGGUGCACUCGACAUGCUAGAGCAGUUGCAAGAGCACGACAACAAAGAAGUGUAUCAACAAGUUUUGCACAUGAUCGAAACAUAUUUCAAUGAUAAUGGCGAAGCAGAAAACUUGGCACCAAAAGAUGUUGGAGGCACACUCGAAUUCAACACCAACAACACAACACCAAAUCGUGGAUUCCAAUUUUAAAGCGAAUACUGUUCAUCACACAAUCAUUUGAUAUUGAUAUAAGCGAUUCCAUUCGUAUAUUUAAAACAAAAAAAUCAUUUGUAUUCACGGAAAAGUCUCAGUUCUACAUAUAAUUCUUCAUUGUUCUACUUCGAAAAGCAAAAAAUGGUCAAAAAGAAAAGAAAGUAAAUAAAGCGCACAAAAUAAUCAAAUUAAGAACAUAAUACAGAAGCAAAAAAUUUAGUUGUGUUUUGUCAACAAUAAA